UUAUUGGUUAUUCAGUGAUUGUAACACUUCAAGUGUUAGCAGUGGACUCUUCAAAUAAUUGAUACAAUUGUAAUUUCAAUCAAAAAUGUUUGUUAACUUUUUAUUGAUCUUUGGUAUUGUGGUCGUUGCGCAGGCGCACGAGCAUACAAGUGAUGAAGGCAAUAAGCCCAUCCUUCCGCUUGAACAUGAUCUUGUUUCCCUGAUCACGACAAAAGGCGAUAUUUGCGUUAAACAUUCAGGCGCCAGCCCUGCUAUAAUGCACAAACUCUUACCAUGGAGGGUAGAGGAAAGUGAAGUGAACGGAAAAUUCUUACUCUGCCUCGCUAAAGAAAUGGAAUUCCACGAGAAAGAUGGUAAACUCAAGGUUGACAAGUUCAUUGACCUCUUCUACGACUCCUUGAAGUCGCAAGAUGUGGAAUCUUACAGAAAAUUGUUGGCUCAUUGUAACGAACUUACUGGACCGAACGCUUACUAUACUGUGUACAAGAUCGCUAACUGUUUCCAUACAAACACGCCUGUUAAAAUGGCAUUGCACGUACUUGUAUAUUAAGAUAUGCUACACGUACUUUUUGUAAUAUUUUCUAUACCUACGUAAUUAUUU